CUAAGAACAAAUGUGUUCAGAUAUGGAGGUUCUAAUAUAUAUUGCAGUGUGUUUAUUGGUGUUUACUAACCUUUUUGAUCAUGUGAUGUACGUACGUGUAUUUGUAGCCGAAUGAUGACCACCAAAUCGAAAUUACGGAUAUUGGCACUUCAUGGAUAUAUGCAAUCAGAUGUGAUCUUUAGCGCUAAAUUAGGAUCGUUGAGAAAAGGAUUUAAGAAAGAAAUAGAUUUCACGUUUAUAAGAGCACCACAUAAAGUUCCACCCCAAAAUAAAACUGGUCAAGAGGAUACCGAUGAAAAUGGAUAUGGAUGGUGGUUUAAUACAGAGGAUCAUGUAUUUAAAGCUACAGUGCGUAGUGAUUUGUGUGUAGGAUUUAAUGACAGUGUAGCUGUGAUCAAGAAAGUAUUCUCAGAACAAGGUCCUUUCGAUGGAAUAUUGGGUUUCUCACAGGGAGCAGCUUUUGUCAGUAUACUAUGUGCUAUGAAAAAAAAGAAAAUAUUACAAAUUGAGUUUGACUUUGUUAUUGUGAUAUCUGGAUUUAAAUCACUGUGUGCACCUCACACAAAGUAUUAUGAUGAAGAAAUCGAUAUGCCUUCCUUGCAUAUUUAUGGAGAGAACGAUCAAGUCAUUCCAACAGUAAUGGCAGAGCAAAUCAGUUAUCUAUUUUUAAAUAAGAAAGAGGUACGGCACGAAGGUGGACAUUAUGUCCCGAGUAAAAAAGAUAUUUAUAGGGAUUUUGUAAUGGAAAUGCUUAGCAAAUAUAAGAACUUAAGUAGUUAACAAUGGUCUUAUUUUAUUACUAAAUUUAAUUACCCGAUUUAGCAUG